ACUAUUGAGUUGAAAAAAAAAAAAAAUUCUACCAAACAAAAAAGUGUAUGUCUCACAUUUUUCUUGCUCUGCCUACAAAACAAUACAGUGUGUCACUUGAACAAAUACAAUUGUGUUUAUUUUAUCUAAUCCAGUGAAUGGUUAGCUGACAUAAUUACGGUUUUAUUUAUCAAAUCAAAUUACCGCUAUAUCACACUUGUAAUUGUGUGUCAUUCUUCGAUUUUUCUUCACACAAUUGGUUGGUUGGCGUUUGCGCUGAUGAUUUUGUGUUAAUGAACACAGUUCUGCAACGUAUUCUAUCCACAUCAGUUCGAAAUUUUGCUGGUCAGCAAUUAAGACAACAAAAAUUUCGUUACGCUGAUAAUUUGAAGAAAAGUUCGUGGUCAAGCCAACAAAUACGCGGAAAAAUGAGCGGUGAAACAUUGGAAAAGCCAAAAAUUAUUUUUGUACUGGGCGCUCCAGGUUCAGGCAAAGGAACGCAAUGUGCAAACAUUGUGAAAGAAUAUAAUUACGUGCAUUUAUCAGCUGGCGAUUUAUUGCGAGCCGAACGAAAUCGUCCCGGAUCCGAAUUGGCGCAGAUUAUUGAAAAAUACAUUGCAGAAGGACAAAUUAUACCGGUAGCUAUCACAUGUUCGCUACUGGAACGUGCGAUGAACGAACAAAUUCAGGCGGAUGCAACAAAGAACAAGUUUUUGAUCGAUGGUUUUCCGCGUAACCAAGACAAUCUGGACGGCUGGAUAAAGCAGAUGGAAUCAAAAGUGAAUCUACAAUUUGUAUUGUUCUUCGAAUGUCCCGAAUCGGUUUGCAUAGAUCGUUGCUUGGGCCGUGGCACCGGUCGAACUGACGACAACGUCGAUUCGUUGAAAAAACGUUUUAAUGUAUUCUACACUGAAACAAUGCCAAUCGUUGACCAUUACGACCGUCAAAAUUUGGUGCGUCAUGUUAAAAGCGAAAAACCAGCUGAAUUGGUCUUCGAAGAUGUUAUCGAAGCAUUCACCGACUAUAAUGCCAAAUAAACCCCCCACAGCACCACCAUCACCGAGCGUAACAUUCCAAUUCAUGACGCCGAGCCAAAUCACUUUAUUUUAAUGACAGCUAUCAUUCUCAAUGCUUUAAUGGUGUACGGGUUGUAAUUGUUCUCUCUCUCCCUCUCUAUUUAAAUUCAAUUAAAUACAUUCUUUGCAGAAUUGAUGCAAUCACACAUUGUUAUGUACACUGUACAUAUAUUUAGCGAAAUUUAAAUAUAUAUAUCAAUGGUGGUAUGAAAAAACUACGUUUUUUGGCACCCGGAAAGAGAAACAAAACCAAAAUUGAUAAUAAAUGUUCAAGUAAAUAUAGACAUCAACAAUUAA